AUGACCUCAGACUCGUUACCGUUUGUUCAAGGUGCUGAGUACUUAUCGCACGCAGCCCAGACCGCAAUCUCAAGCCAGAUCAAGUCCCAGAUCGAGGACGUGGACCAGUUGAUCGAAAAUGUGUCUGGAGCAAUCAAAUUGGCCUCAAGUGUCUCUUCGUCGAGAGAAUUGACCCAGUUGCCUGCUUCUUCAUGCGCAUCCACUUUGGAGAUCGAUCUGGAAACUAAAGAAAGCUGGAGAGACCUUGGCUUGGAGGCCAUCGCAAACAACGAGGUUGCAGUGUUGCUCAUGGCUGGUGGUCAAGGCUCCAGAUUGGGAUCCUCAGACCCAAAGGGCUGCUAUAACGUGCAACUCCCAUCUUCCAAAUCAUUAUUUCAAGUCCAAGCUGAAAAAAUUAUCAAAAUUCAAGAACUUGCCAAACAAAGGUAUAACAAGCUGGAAUUACCCACUAUAAACUGGUACAUCAUGACCUCUAAACCAACCAGACAUGCCACGGAGUCAUUCUUCGUUUCAAAUAAGUGGUUUGGUCUUAACUCGGACCAGGUCACUUUCUUCAACCAAGGAACUUUACCUUGCUUCAACUUGGCUGGUGACAAGAUUUUAUUGGAAUCUGAAAAUUCUGUAACCAACGCUCCUGAUGGUAACGGGGGACUAUACAAGGCCCUCUUGGAUAACAAAAUUCUCGAAGAUUUCCAAAACAAGAACAUUAAACACGUUCACAUGUACUGUGUCGAUAAUGCCUUAGUUAAGGUGGCAGACCCAACCUUCCUUGGAUUUGCUAUAAAUAAGAAGUUCCAAAUAGCCACUAAAGUGGUUAGGAAAAGAGACGCAAAGGAAAGUGUUGGGUUAAUUGUGAUGGAUAAGGCAAACCAGAAACCCUGCGUAAUUGAAUAUUCGGAGAUUCUGGAAGAAUUGGCUAACAAGACUGAGCCUGAAGAUUCAAGUAAAUUAUUCCUCAGAGCAGCUAACAUAGUCAACCAUUACUAUUCUGUGGACUUGUUGACCCAAAUGGUACCUAAGUGGAGCUCAUCGCAACAAUACUUGCCAUUCCAUAUUGCAAAGAAGAAGAUUGCCUCAAUUAACGAAAAGGGACAAUUUGUCAAACCAAGUGAGCCAAAUGGGAUUAAGUUGGAACAGUUUAUCUUUGAUGUUUUCCCAUCUGUCGAUUUAGAAACAUUUGGGUGCUUGGAAGUGGAAAGAACUGAGGAGUUUUCUCCAUUGAAGAAUGCUGACGGUGCCAAAAACGACACCCCAACGACCGCAAGACGAGACUACAUGAAGUUGGGAACCAAAUGGGUCAAGGAAAAUGGUGGGAUCAUCCAAGGCGAUGACUUGGUGGAAGUUUCUGGCUUGACCAGUUAUAACGGAGAAGGCUUAGAGUUCGUUAAAGGAAAGGUAUACGCUAACGGAGAGCAAAUAUAG